CUUCCUAAAGAAUAAACAAGUUGAGUAGAGAAAAUAGUGAUCGAUAAUAGGCAUUUUAGUGGUCUUUUUAAUGUUUUCUGCUGUGAAACAUUUGAAGAUUUAUUGAUUUUUAAAAAAAUUUUUAUUUUCCCCACUACACUCACACACGCACGCUCACACUUUUUAUUUGCCAUAAUGAACCGUCCAGCCCCUGUGGAGAUCUCUUAUGAGAACAUGCGUUUUCUGAUAACUCACAACCCUACCAAUGCUACUCUCAACAAGUUCACAGAGGAACUUAGGAAGUAUGGAGUGACAACUGUGGUUCGAGUUUGUGAUGCUACUUAUGAUAAAGCUCCAGUUGAAAAGGAAGGAAUCCACGUUCUAGAUUGGCCAUUUGAUGAUGGAGCUCCACCCCCUAGUCAGAUUGUAGAUGAUUGGCUGAACCUGUUAAAAUCCAAAUUUCGUGAAGAGCCAGGUUGCUGUGUUGCAGUGCAUUGUGUUGCUGGCUUAGGAAGGGCUCCUGUGCUGGUUGCGCUUGCUUUGAUUGAAUGCGGAAUGAAGUAUGAAGAUGCAGUUCAGUUUAUAAGACAAAAAAGAAGGGGAGCAUUCAAUUCCAAACACCUGCUUUACUUGGAGAAAUACCGACCUAAGAUGCGAUUACGCUUCAGAGAUACCAAUGGGCAUUGCUGUGUUCAGUAGAACUAUAAAGGAAGGCUUACUUGAUUGUGGCAUUUAGAGGGAACUCUUGGUACCUGGAAAUGUGAAUCUGAAAUCUUACCUGUGUCAUCAAAGUAGUGAUGGAUUCAGUACUCCUCAACUCCUAAUGAUUGGGGAAAAGCUAAUGAUAAAUCCCUCUAAAACAUGAAUAAAAUCUUUAAGAAAAGGAGAAAA